AUGUCUGACGCCGUUCACGUCAUCGCCGGCACCCCAACAGGAACACAGGAAGCCAGUGUUCCAGCUGACGACGUCGUAGUAGCCAACACCCACCGUGGGAGGACCAGUGCGGAAAAUGGAGCAGAGGAACACAAUAGUGCCCCGACCUACAGGGACACUGUUGCCGCUCUCCCCGCUCCCACGGUUCCUCUCACCACCGACGAAC